GAGGCGUAAGUCCAUAGGGCAUUCUGACAAACAGGCGUAAGUCCAUAGAGCAUUCUGACAAACAGGCGUAAGUCCAUAGAGCAUUCUGACAAACAGGCGUAAGUCCAUAGACCAUCCCGAUAAACCAGUGAUAAUUAACCGGAGACGAAUGUCCACAGGUAAUGUGGUGAAAAUGGUGAACGUCCACUCAUGAGAUCACUGAGUGGUUUACUCAAUACUGUUCCAAUCAAAUAAUGACUUAUGAAUCCUACAAAAGUUUUUCUUAAUCUCAUCUCAAUUGCAUGAGGCGUACAAUUCGUGUCUCAGAAUGGACUCUUAAAUCUUUAUGAGGGGGAUCAGACCUGAAAGAUCAGCAUUCUUCCUCACCAGAGUCCGAUGAAGAUGGUGAAUGGUGCAUUCAUCUUCUUAGGCAGCACCUGGCCUAAAAGUCAUGAGGUGCAGUGGAGAGGACUCAUCCAAGCUGAUAACCUCCUCUUGACACCUUGAUGACACAGACAUCACUGUUUUUGUGUUGGGCUGGACCCUCAAGCCGCUGGGAGGUGACGAGACAGCCGGCAUUUCGCACACGUUUGCUUUCCUGUUGUUUAUUUGAUUUCACUGACAGCAAGUGAAUGGUGUGCGAAAGUUGAAAAGUUUACAUUGUCUCUGGAAAACCGAAACGAACAACGAGACGAGCUUGCAUCAACUAAACAGCAGACUACAAAACUACAAACAGUGCAGUUGCAUUACAUUUAAAUUGCAAUUGCAAUCCUGCGGUCGGGGGCACUUCGUCGUCGUCGUCUCGUCGUCUGCUGCUAUGAGAAAAUAAAGUGUGGUGUAAACCCGUGAAUAAAUCUUCUGGAGAGAAAAAGCUCGGAAGGGUUCAUCGGAAUAUGCCAGAGAGUAGAAAGCAAGUGUACCUGCGAAAGGAAAUUCUUCGUACCACCAUGCAUCACCAGCCUUUCUGCCGUUCCAGCUGCAGUCAUCGUACCCAGCAUCCAAAUUUUUUGCCGUUGGUGGCACACCAAAUCUAGCUAAGUCGAAAUCAAUUGCUCUUGUCACCGAGAGAUGGACACAACAGCCUAAGCUUGAAGUCAGCUUGACCACUGCAGUGUUAGUGCGUGCUGUGUUCCCACCCAGUUCUGUUUUGACUUCGCCUGCCGUGUUCCAAGCCUGCUGUAAGCUGUUCAGUUCAUUUCAACUUGACUCUUUUUAAAGUUCCAUUAGAAUGUGCCAGAGGUAAUGAACCUUGUACCUGCGAAAGGAAAUUCUUCGUACCACCAUGCAUCACCAGCCUUUCUGCAGUCAUCGUACCCAGCAUCCAAAUUUUCCCAUGCCAUUUGUGCCCUGAUGGAGUAUAGAAGGAAUGGAGAGGGAGAGCUCAAAACAUUGUCAGUCGAGUCACUCACCUAGUGGCCCAGACUUAUGGAUCUACUGAAGACACCACUCAUUCGGUAACGCAUAAUCAAAAAGCCUGAAAAAUUCUGGGAACCAGAUGCAGCUUUAAGUCUGUGGAGUUGGCAGCUUUGAGCGCGCGACACUGGAUUGGUCCCCGCGGUGCUGCAUUCUUCAUUGGCUGCGAGAUGGCUGCAGUGUGCAAAGGAAUUGAAUCUGAUCCAUCAAGACAUUCAGGACCCCUUCGAGAGAAACGACAUCAAGUACCUCAAGAUGACGGUUGUGAAUCCGAUGCCUCACUAAGCUCCUUCACCGGCUCUGAACGUAAUUUGUUAGACGAACUUUGGCUAGCACAACAUGUUCCAGCUUCAUUGCAACCUACAGGGCAGAACUUAGUGUCUUACUCCUCUAGUCCAAACAAAGAAAAUAUUAUAGCUGGUGAGGAGCAGGAAACUGGGACAAGUCAAAUGUCAGAACAUGUCAAGAAAUCAAAAAUACCCAAACCAAUUGUGCAACGCAGAAAUCUUGGUGUGCCAAGAAGACUGGUGAUACAGACUAACUGCUUGUCCAAACAAACAAAGAAUACGCCAUCUGCUGCCAAAAGUUUACUGGACACACUCAAACAGUCAUCACCAGAAUGUGGUAAAAUUGAACAGCACGUUGUUGGCAAUGGAGAAGGUUCUCUCAAAGGAAAUUGUGUGUCUGAAGAGCCCAUAAUUUCAGAUGAUGCACCGGACACACAUCCAUCAUCACCAGGACCUAACUUAAGGGGAAAGCAACAUAAACCAUUUGCUGUUGGCAGCAUGAAAGUUUCUCCUAAAGGAAACUGUGUGUCUGAAAUAAAUGGAGAAACCAUUCUUCCUGCUGCAAGUGCUUUACAAGAGACACAUCUGCCAUCAUCAUCUAAGCAAGAUGAUCAAGAUCUUGGUGCGGAGCAACAUGGAUCACAUUCUGUUGGCAAUGAGGAAGUUUCUUUGCAAGAUGGUCAAGAAGAGAGCAAUGAAGAUACUCAUAAAGGAAGCAGCUUUUCUUUGAAUGGAAGUGCAGACCAUGGUUUAUCGUCCCCUCUAAAGUCAUCUCCAGAACUGAGUGAAAACGAACAGCCUGUGAGCAAUACAAAAGCUUCUCGUAAAGUUGUUUCUCCCUCUGAAGAGCAGCUAACUCCCUAUCAAAGAUUAAGACUGAAUAAUCUGGCUGAAAAUCAGAAUCAUUGGGAACUUGUGAAGCAGAGAAACCCUGGUGUGCUGGCUCCUCUUUCAAUGAAUUUGCCGCUAAUUUCCAAGACUUCAAAGUUUAAACGAACCGGCUUCAACAACUGUUCUAAUGACUUCAAUACAUCAUCAGGCAGGAAAGUACCUACAAGAAAUAGCAGUGAGGUAGCUAAACAGCUACUCAAAGAAACAAUAUCCAGCUCAUCUGAUGAUUUGGGUGAGGACUCAUCAGACGGAGGCAUUGUCCCAUUAACAGGAACAGAAGAAGAAGAUUCAGAUUCAUCUAGUCCUUCCUCAAAGAAAUCUGUGAAUGGUGCAAAGAAAUCUCUUUUUGGGAAAAAUAAAACAUCAAUUAAACAUACAUCAGCUCAGAUUAUAGCAUCAAGUCAGGGUUCUGCUGUCUCAGAAAAGUUUCGCAAAAGUACUCGUCCCCUACAUUCUAACAAUAAUACUGCUUCAAAGAACCAGCAGCCCAGAGGUGCCCAAAAGCCUCCUUCCUCAUUGAAGCCCCAACUUCAGAAUACGAAAUCUGGAACGCUAUUGUUUGCUGAUGAUGAUGAGUUUAUUACUCCUCCUAAUGUCAAUGGAACGCUAUUGUUUGCUGGUGAUGAUGAGUUUAUUACUCCUCCUAAUGUCAAUGCAACAAAGAGAAAAGCAGUGUCACUAGGUUCCAAACCUCUGGACAAACCUGAUGUCAGUUCCUCUCCAAAUAACCUCAUCUCACAGCAAAACCUUGGUGGCCAAGAGCCUCCUUCCUCAUCGAAGCCCCAACUUCAGAAUACGAAAUCUGGAACUCCAUUGUCCGCUAUUGAUGCUGAGCAUAAUACUACUCCUAAUGUUAAUGCAGAAAAUAAAAGGAGAGCAAAAUCACUAGGUUCAACGAAUCUGGAUAAAAUUGAGCUCACCUCCUCUUCCAAUAAUCUCAUCUCACAGCAAAACCUUGGUGCCCAAAAGACUCCUUCCUCAUCGAAGCCCCAACUUCAGAAAAGAAAAUCUGGAACGCUAUUGUUUACUGAUGAUGAUGAGUUUAUUACUCCUCCUAAUGUCAAUGCUCCAAAGAGAAAAGCAGUGUCACUAGGUUCCAUAUCUCUGGAUAAACCUGAUGUCAGUUCCUCUCCCAAUAAUCUCAUCUCACAGCAAAACCUUGGUGCCCAAAAGCCUCCUUCCUCAUCGAAGCCCCAACCUCAGAAAAGGAAAUCUGGAACUCCGUUGUCCGCUAUUGAUGCUGAGCAUAAUACUACUCCUAAUGUUAAUGCAGAAAAUAAAAGGAAAGCAAAAUCACUAGGUUCAACGAAUCUGGAUAAAAUUGGGCUCAGCUCCUCUUCCAAUAAUCUCAGCAGACAGCAAAAAAUUGGUCCCAAAACAUCCCUGAAGUCAAACUCAACUUCAUCAAACAAGGCUGUUUCACAAACUUCUAGUUCAAGUUCAGAGGAUUCUGAUCAUUCAUUGACUGACAUAGAUAAUGUCUCAGUUUCUGGUUGUGAUAAUGAUUUGUCAGAACCACUGUCAGCUGGUGAAUUACAUGACCAUCUUCAGACAACAAAACAAAAACCUCCAAGGAAAGUUGAACUUAAAAGGGAGAGAAAGAAGCUUCGUAACUGUGGCAAGUCUUAUGUUAGACAAAAUGGAAAAACAGUUAUGGAAAGAAAGCCAUCUGAAGUUCAUGUCUGUUCUAAACUGAAAUGUCAAGACAUUAUCACUGAAGAAAUUGCCGAUACUUUGUGUCAAGAGUUUUGGAAUUUAGCUGAUAUUGACAGAGAGAGACAGUACAUUGCCUCCAGGAUCAACCGCUGUCGUCCUGUGAGAAGACGACAAAGAUUUGACGACAGUGAACGUAGCAGGAAUUUCCAGUACAAAUAUUACCUUGACAUCAAUGGAGAGCGGCAUCAGGUGUGCAAAAGUACAUUUUUGGGCACUCUAUGUCUUUCAGAAAGAAUGGUUCGCACUGUUACAGACCAAGUUGCCUCUGCAGUCUCCAGCUUGCCAGUAAAUGAUAGGAGAGGACAUUGUGCUCCGAAGCACAAAUUACCAGCUGCAACAGAAGCAGCAAUCAAGAAACACAUUGAUUCUUUUCCAUCUUAUGUAUCACAUUAUGCACGGGAACAAACAAAUGCUCUAUACUUUGCAUCAAAUCUCAACUAUAAGAAGAUGUACCAAUUGUACUGCGAGGCAGAUUAUCCAAAAGUAUCAUACUCUGUAUAUUAUUUACGUGUAAAGGCAUCAGGAAGAAAAUUUAAAAAGGCAAGCUUUGCUACUUGCUCCAAAUGUGACAGAUUUAAGUUACAAAUUGAUGCAGCAACAUCAGAAGAUGAGAGGAGGUCAUUAAGAAUUCAGCUUGAGAGACAUCACAGGAAGGCUGAACAAGCAUAUGCUUUGAAAAGGGAUAUGAAAGAGGAGGCUGAAGCAGAUCCUACCAUGCGCGUGCUUGUCUAUGACAUGGAAAAAGUACUACCCUGCCCCUAUCUGAAGUGCAAAGAUGCAUUUUACCUGCGACAACUCAGUGUCUUUAAUGUAACUGUAACAGACACCACCACUAAGCGCACCCACUGUUACAUGUGGGAUGAAGUUGAAGGAGGGCGCUCUGCCAAUUCAAUAGCAUCAUCAGUCCUGAAGCAUAUCAUAUCUGAAGUUCCUCAUGGUGUCAAAAGAAUUGUAAUCUUCUCUGAUGCUUGCACAUCCCAGAAUCGAAACAGUCAUGUGGCCGCUAUGUACCAUGUUGCACUACAAGAGCACCCAACUCUUCAAACCAUUGAGCACAUCUUUUUAAUCCCAGGCCAUACUCACCUUGAAGUGGAUAACAAGCACUCUGUUAUGGAACGCUUCAAGAGCAACAGGGAUAAAGUCAGUCAUCCCGAAGAAUAUUAUGACCUUAUUCAUGAAGCGGGUCUCACAGAUUUGGAAAAUUUUCCAGAUGGAAAAUUUUUUGUUGUUCGUAUGCAUAAGAAGUUCUACAACUUCGCUGAUCUUUUAAGUGGACCCCUUAUUAAAAGGGAGGUCACACUGAAUCAAAACAAGUUCAACUGGCUGGAUACAAAUUGGUUCAGAUACACCAAAGAAAAGCUGGGAUUAGUUGAGGUGAAGGCAUCUUACAACCCUCUUGCGCAUUUUGAUGUGCUCAGUUUUCUUCGGCGUGGAAUCAAGUCAUCAGCUGUCGCACACCUUGCACCACUGCUGAAAAAGUUCUACACCUCUCCGCAGCCUAUUUCAGAGUUGAAGAAGAAGGACUUGAUAUCCAUGCUCCCAUUCAUUGACAAGAAGUACCAUGAAUUUUACCACAGCCUUCCUACUUCUCCAACAGCACAGGAUGUUGAUCCCGACUUAGAAGAUUGAGAUUCAAAUUUUGGGGAGCUGUUCAAAUCUGCUAUUCCAAUGAAUUUUGUUACAAAUGCUUUUAAUUCCUAUUAAGUAAAAGCUCAGAACAUAGUACUCGUUGGCUGGUUGAAUAUUUUAACAUUCAACCUUCCCUUGCACUUAGUCUGUAAGUUUUAUGUAACUUGUAACUAGUCAUAACAGCCUGCAUUACUGUUCUUAAAGGAUUUCCAAUGCAUUCUGUAACUGUUUGUUUUAACCAGUAAAGUAAUGAAAUUGAACCUAGAUGUUUUGAAAUAAUUUAUUGACUUGUUAUUUAUUAAUAGGCCAAAUAGUUAAAUUUUUUGCAUUCCCUUGCAUUUACUUUCUAAGAUGUAUUUAAAUUGACUUA